AUGUUGGCGCCAACCAUGCUUGAAGUUUAUAUCAGAUGUCUCUAUACCUAUGAUCCCACCAAGGACACCCUUCUGCCAACAGGCCACAAGGGCUUAGCCUUCCGCAGUGGUGAGGUUCUCGAGCUAGUCGACUUUCAGGACCUCAACUGGUGGCAAGUACGACGUCUGGACAAUCCCAAUGGAAAAACCAGCCUUAUCCCCUCUCAGACUCUGGAGGAGAAAAGGCAGGCUUUUAACCAACAGAUUACCAGUGGGUUUAAACCUCUAAUUGUGCGUUUUUACUGUUUUUUCUUGUCUCCUUUACACUUCUCUUUAAGGGCUUCUGUUUGCGCUCGGUUUGAAAAACCGGCCUAUCUCGCAAGUCGCUACAUUUUGCGUCAAAAUUCGAAAUAA